AUGGAGCCUCCCAACACCCAUGUCCAUCCAUUGUUGAAAGGUCCCAGCGACAAGGAACACAAGCGCAAGGGCGGAAUCCUUGACAGCUUCCGCGGGCAAAACGGUCAGCCUCCAAAGACUUCCUUCCAAUGUCGGCCCAGGUAUCGUGGUGAGGCUAAUGCAACAGGGCCUCAACCCGGGGCUCAGGGUCAUCGUGGCUGCUGGAGGAUGGCUAAGGGUCUGGCAACACGCCGACAACUGGCAGCGCAUCUUGCGUGCUGGUCGGUAAAACAGGAUGCAAUCGGUGUAUUCAUCCGAGAACGGUGGUGCUUCAGAACGUAA